AUGCCGUCUGCGGUGAUGCCGGAGGAAGUGCCCAUCCCCGAACCCUGGGGUCUUCCGUUCCUGGGGCAUAUUGCAGAGUUCAACCCGGAGAACCCUCUCGAGGACAUCCAUCGUCUGGCAGACACAUUCGGUAGGGAAACACGACAUCCCUGGCCAGUAACGAACCAACUGCUCACUGUUUCAGGUGAAAUUUACAGGUUACGCUUCCCGGGAGGCAAGACGCUGGUCAUCUGUUCCACCAACGCUCUCGUCAACGAAGUAUGUGACGAGACACGCUUUCAAAAGACGAUCAACAACGUCCUCAAAGCAAAACUCGACGAGCCAAAUUGGGGCAUCGCCCACCGCAUCCUCAUCCCCGCCUUCGGCCCCGUCACCAUCCGCGGCAUGUUCGACGAGAUGCACGACAUCGCGACGCAGAUGGCCAUGAAAUGGGCCCGCCACGGCUCCUCCACGCCCAUCAUGGCCACCGAGGACUUCACCCGCCUGACUCUCGACACCAUCGCCCUCUGCGCCAUGGACUUCCGCUUCAACUCGUACUACCGCGAGGAGCUGCACCCCUUCAUCACGGCCAUGGGCGACGCCCUCACCGAGUGCGGCAACCGCGACCGCCGCCCCGCCAUCGCCAACUACUUCUUCCGCGGCACAGAGCACAAGUUCUUUACGGAUAUCGACCUCAUGCGCAAGACCGCCGACGAGGUCCUGCAGGCGCGUAAGGCGAGCCCCUCGGACCGCAAGGACCUGCUCGCUGCCAUGCUGAACGGCGUCGACCCCAAGACGGGCCAGAAGAUGACGGACGCGAGCAUUAUUGAUAACCUCAUCACGUUCCUCAUCGCCGGCCACGAGACGACGUCGGGCUUGUUGUCGUUUGCCUUUUACGAGCUGCUGAAGAAGCCCGCGGCGUACCAGAAGGCGCAGCAGGAGGUCGACAGCGUCAUCGGGCAGGGUCCCAUUACGAUUGACCACUUGACCAAGCUGCCUUACUUGAACGCGGUCCUCCGCGAGACUCUGCGGCUCUGUGCCACGAUCCCGGCCUUCGGCGUCGAGGCGAAGGAGGACACGCUGCUGGGCGGUAAAUACCCCGUCAAGCAGGGCGAGCCCAUCCUCUGCCUCCUCGGCAAGGCGCACCUCGACCCCGUCGUCUACGGGGACUCGGCCAAGGACUUCGUGCCCGAACGCAUGCUCGAUGAGAGCUUCGAGCGCCUGCAGAAGGAGUUCCCCAACUCGUGGAAGCCCUUCGGCAACGGCAUGCGCGCGUGCAUCGGGCGCCCCUUUGCGUGGCAGGAGGCCCUGCUCGCCACGGCGAUGCUGCUGCAGAACUUCAACUUCACCAUGGACGACCCCAACUACCAGCUCAAGAUCGCCGAGUCCCUGACCAUCAAGCCCAAGGGCUUCUACAUGCGCGCGGCGCUGCGGCACGGCAUGUCGCCCACGCAGCUGGAGCACCGCCUCGCCGGAAAAGCGACGACGACGCUGGCGUCUCGACCAGCUGCCGCCUCGUCACAGACAAACGGCCACGACACAGCAACCAGUGGAAAGCCCCUCCAUAUCUACUACGGCUCCAACAGCGGCACCUGUGAGGCCCUCGCUCAACGCCUCGCCGCCGACGCCCCCGCCCACGGUUUCCGCGCCGCCGUCGUCGACCCCCUCGACACCGCGCGCGACAACCUGCCCCGUAACAACACCACGCCCGUGGUCGUCAUUACCGCCUCUUACGAGGGCCAGCCGCCCGACAACGCCGCGCACUUCACCCUCUGGCUCGAGAGCCUGAAGGGCGAGAAGGCCCUCGACGGCGUCGGCUACGCCGUCUUCGGCUGCGGACACCACGACUGGGUGCAGACCUUCCACCGCAUCCCGCGGCUCGUCGACAACACCAUGGCGGCGCGCGGCGCUACCCGCCUCGUCGAGAUGGGCCUCACGGACGCCGCGGAACGGGACAUGUUUAGCGACUUUGAGGUCUGGGAGGACGAGCUGCUCUGGCCGGCGCUGGCGGCCAAGUACGGCGUGCCCGAGGCGGCGAACGGGGACGCGGCAGUGGCGGCGGCGUCGGGAGGUUUGUCGGUGCAGGUCUCGAACCCGCGCACGUCAACUCUGCGGCAGGAUGUGCAGGAAGCCGUCGUCGCAGACGAAGCCAUCCUCGUCGAGGACGGCCACGCCCCGUCGGAGGUCGCCAGGACCAAGAAGCACAUGGACGUGCAGCUCCCGCCGGGCACGUCGUACCGCGCGGGCGACUACCUCGCCGUGCUGCCGCUCAACCCGCGCGCGAGCGUGGAGCGGGUGUUCCGGCGCUUCGGCCUCGCGUGGGACGCGUGCCUGACCUUCUCGGGCGACAAGCACGCCGCGGCCGGGGCGCUGCCGGUGAACCAGACGCUGUCCGCGGUCUACGUGCUCAGCGCGUACGUCGAGCUCGCGCAGCCCGCGACGAAGCGCAACGUGGCGAGCCUCGCGGAGGCGGCGGCGGAAGGGUCCGCGGCACGGAGGGAGCUGGAGGCGCUCGCGGGCGAGGAGCGCUAUCACGCUGAGGUCACGGUGAAGAGGGUGACUGUGCUGGAGCUCCUGGAGAGGUUUCUCGAGGUCGAGCUGGGCAUCGGGGCGUUUUUGGGGAUGCUGCCGCCGAUGCGCGUGAGGCAGUACUCCAUCUCGUCCUCGCCGCUACGGAAUCCGACGCAGGCGACACUAACAUACUCCCUCCUCGACGCGCCCUCACUAUCGGGCCAGGGCCGCCACGUCGGCGUCGCAACCCACUACCUCGCAGCGCUGAAGAAGGGCGACAAGCUGCACGUCGCAGUGCGCCCGUCCCCGGCGGCGUUCCACCUCCCCGUGGAGCCUGAGAAGACGCCCGUCGUGAUGAUCGCCGCGGGCUCCGGUCUCGCGCCGUUCCGCGGCUUUGUGCAGGAGCGCGCGGCCAUGAUCGCGGCCGGCAGGAGCCUCGCGCCCGCGGUGCUCUUCUUCGGGUGCCGCCGGCCGGGCGCGGAGGACCUGUACUGCGAGGAAUUUGACCGCUGGGAGAAGAUGGGGGCGGUGAGUGUGCGGAGGGCGUACUCGCGCGCGGUGGGGGAGAGCGAGGGGUGCAGGUAUGUGCAGGACCGGGUGUGGCGGGAGAAAAAGGAGGUGGUGAAGUUGUGGGAGAAGGGGGCUAAGGUGUUUGUGUGCGGGGCGCGGAGUAUGGGCAAGGCGGUUGAGGAGGCUUUGGUGAAGGUUCUGUUGGAUGGCGGUGUUGAAGGGGCUAAGGGGAUGGAAUUUGAGGAGGGGAAGAAGUGGUUUGAGGGUAUGAGAAAUGUGAGGUAUGCUGUUGAUGUGUUUGAUUAG